AUGUCAGAUGCCGAAUUCCUGACUGCUCUGGCUGCGUGCUUGGUAGCAAUGGCAGUCAUCGACCCCCUCAUCGAGGGAGAGACCGUCGUAGUACACAAUGCCAACGAGCUGCUUGCUGCUAGCAUCAGCGAACAGGCUGCGUCGAAGAGUAUCACAACCUGCUUCGUAGCAGAAGCGCUUCUGGACUCGUGUAUCUCGCUCGCGCCGUACAUGACUCAGUCUGAAGUCGCUGAGGCCCUGCCUGAGAAUCCGGCUUGCUUCGUUGGACUCUCAAACCACGCAGUCGCGAAAGCAGAAGUCGAGGCGACAAUCCUGUCCGUCUUACCAGCACACUGCCGCAAGGAGACCGCAUCCAGUCUCUACUCUGCUAUUGGUGUGCAAGACAGCUCGUCGACCGCCGCCUUUUCUGCUCAAUGGCUGCAGCGCGCCUGCUCUUGGAUGAGUAAGGCCCCCGGCACCGUCCCUGCAGUGCUGGUGGGUGUCAACGAUCUCAUACAAGGUGCGGGUGUCAAUGAUCCCACUGCCGUCGUCGACUGGACACAAUCUGAGUCUCACUCCGUCCACUUAAACCGCCUGGACUCCGCCGCGUUCUUCAAGCAAGACAAGACAUACUGGAUGUGCGGUCUUUCUGGUGCGCUUGGUGUGUCUCUGUGUGACUGGAUGAUCGAAAGAGGCGCGCGGUACCUAGUCCUCACAAGUCGCAACCCGAACAUUUCUCCGGACUGGAUCGCAGCUCACCGUGUGAAGGGUGUUUAUGUCACGAUUGUUCCUUGUGAUGUGACGGACGCAAAAGCCCUCCGCGCCGCCCAUGAACACAUCGUCGCAACGCUGCCACCCAUCAUCGGUGUUCUGAACGGCGCCAUGGUUCUCCGCGACGUGUCGAUCGCAAACAUGUCCUUUGAACAAAUGAGCGACGUCUUCCGCCCGAAGGUCUACGGCAGCAUCAACCUCGAUGCCAUCUUCCACGAUACACCGUUAGACUUCUUCAUCCUCUUCUCCUCCAUCAACUGCGUGAUCGGCAACCUGGGCCAAGCCAACUACUCCGCCGUAAACACGUUCAUGUGCAGUCUCGCUGCCCAACGACGAGCACGCGGCCUCGCAGCAACAGCACUCAAUGUCGGUGCCAUCAUUGGUGCAGGCUACACGGAGCGCGAGUCGAGCAAAGCACUAGAUUUGACGGUGUCCAAGAUGGCGCUGAUGCAUCUGUCUGAGCAGGACUACCACCAGCUGUUUACUGAAGGUAUUGAUGCUGGGCAGCCUGAUUCCGGCGAUGGUGCGGAGUUGACGACUGGUUUGCUGGACAUUCCGGCUGAUGAUGGCGCGAACGCUCCUCGAUGGCAGCACAACCCGACCUUCUCCCACUUCCUUGUGCACCAAGUCGAGCAGGUCGGCGAGGCAGGUAAUGAGGCGGUCAUGUCGGUCAAGGAUCAAGUGGCGGCGUGCAAGAACGCUAAAGACAUCCUGGUCCUGGUGAAGCGGACGCUCGCAGCGCAGCUUCGAAAUGUGCUGCAGAUGACAAGUGCUGAUGACGACCUCAUGGCUGCUCGUAGCAGUGACAUUGGUCUGGACUCGCUGAUCUCUGUCGACAUUCGCUCGUGGAUCUUGAAGAACUUCGAGGUAAGGGUGCCAGUGCUCAAGAUCAUGGGCAACGACACAAUGGCCGACAUUGCCGAGCUGGUCGUCGAACAGGUUCCGUCAACCCUACUAGGCGGCUCCGAUGCGCCAAUCGCUGUUGCAGAGCCUGUGGCGAAGCCAGCACCUGCUCCUGCGAUUGUUGUUAUGUUGAAGGGCUCCGAGAGCAACUCGGCCUCGACGUCGACCGUGGGCGACUCAUAUGACGAGUCUGUAGCUCCUACCCGAGCAGUGUCACCAAUCGUGCUGACCCGAGCCACGACACCGGAUAGUGCCGUGUCUCCAGAGCGCAAGCCAAAGCGCGCGGGAGACAUCAACUGGGACACCGAGAUUGUCCUCCCCAAGGCUGCUUUAAUCCCCAGAGCACUGGUACCAGCCUCGCCGCCUCGCCGUGUGGUGCUGACAGGUGUGAGCGGCCUGCUUGCUCGGCAAAUGCUGGAGCAGCUUCUCCUGAACAAGUCCGUGGAUGAGAUAAUUUGUAUCGCCACGCGGCGCCUGGACGAGCGUCUCGCCUCUAGAGACCUCCCUCGGGACGCUCGCAUAAGCUACUUUGCCGGUGAUCUGGAACAGCCUCGCCUCGGGCUGUCCGUCAAAAAAGCCAGCGCGAUCUUUUCGCGUGCCGAUGUUGUCAUCCACAACGCUGCCGAUACUUCCCAUCUCAAGUUCUACCCAGCAAUCCGCGCUGCCAACACCGGGUCCACGCGCGAGCUCAUCAGCCUGUGCAUGAAUCGCGAGAUCCCAGUCCACUACCUCUCAACACUGAUCAUCUUCCACCCUGCAGAUGGCUCGCACGGCUAUGUCGCCGCGAAAUGGGCAAGCGAGCGUCUGCUGGAGGAGUACUCGGCCCAGCAUGGUGCAAAGACCUGGAUCCAUCGUCCAUCGACGAUCAUGCGGUCUGGCAAGGACGCCACAAACGCAGCGGCUCAGAUCGACUGGAUGAACGCUUUGGUGUCGUACAUGAACCAGAUGAAGGCAGUACCCACCCAUUCUGGGCGCUCGGUCUUCAAGAAGACUGUUGCUUCGGACGCUCUAGUCUCCUACGUCCAUCAAGUCGGUACCAUGUCGCCGCCACUAAGCCAUCUCAAGGAGUUCGUGCAAGGGCAGACAAGCGCCGCUGAUGUGCAAGUUUUACCUGUUGCACAAUGGGGUGAGAAGGCAGUCAACUCAGGCCUCCACCCUGGUAUUGCUGCACUCAUUGAGUCCAUGGACGAUCCUGGCCAACCGCACUACCCGAGGAAGUUGAAGGCGGCGGAAUAG